AGCGUGCCCCGGAAGUGCCCACCCCGCUUCCGGGUCUGCUGCAUGCUGGGACCGCGAGGCCCGCCAUUCAGUUGCCGCCGCUCGUCGCACGUUCGUGUCGCCGGGGCCGGAACCGGAGCCGGGACCGGGUUUGCAGCUUCUUCCUCCCAGGAUGUCCAUCGGCGUCCCCAUCAAGGUCCUGCACGAGGCCGAGGGCCACAUCGUCACCUGCGAGACCAACACGGGCGAGGUGUACCGGGGCAAGCUCAUCGAGGCCGAGGACAACAUGAACUGCCAGAUGUCCAACAUCACCGUCACGUACCGGGACGGCCGGGUGGCCCAGCUGGAGCAGGUCUACAUCCGAGGGAGCAAGAUUCGCUUCCUGAUCUUGCCCGACAUGCUGAAGAACGCGCCGAUGCUGAAGAGCAUGAAGAACAAGAACCAGGGCUCGGGGGCCGGCCGGGGGAAGGCAGCCAUCCUGAAGGCCCAGGUGGCUGCCAGAGGACGAGGGCGCGGCAUGGGCCGGGGCAACAUUUUCCAGAAGCGAAGAUAAUCUGGGCGGCGGCGGCGGCGGAGGAGACCCGGAGACCCGCGUCCUUGGUGCCGUGUGCCCGGAGGGGCCCUGCUCGGCCUCCUGGGCCGGCGGCUCGCGCUCUCAGACGGGGGAGGGGCAGGAGGCGCACCAGCCAAAUAAAGGUGUUUUGGAAUA